AUGGGGCGGGGCAAGAUCGAGAUCAAGCGGAUCGAGAACGCGACCAACCGGCAGGUGACCUACUCCAAGCGCCGGUCGGGCAUCAUGAAGAAGGCCAAGGAGCUCACCGUGCUCUGCGACGCGCAGGUCGCCAUCAUCAUGUUCUCCUCCACCGGCAAGUACCACGAGUUCAUCAGCUCCGGCUCCGACAUCAAGGGGAUCUUUGACCGCUACCAGCAGGCCCUCGGGACCAGCCUGUGGACCGAGCAGUAUGAGAAUAUGCAGCGCACUCUCAGCCAUCUCAAGGACAUCAACCGGAACCUGCGCACCGAGAUCAGGCAAAGGAUGGGUGAAGAUCUGGACGUGCUGGAGUUCGAUGAGCUGCGCGGCCUUGAGCAAAAUGUCGACGCCGCUCUCAAGGAGGUUCGCCAGAGGAAGUAUCAUGUGAUCACCACGCAGACUGAAACCUACAAGAAGAAGGUGAAGCACUCCCAGGAGGCAUACAAGAACCUGCAGCAGGAACUGGGCAUGCGCGAGGACCCGGCGUAUGGGUUUGUGGACAACCCGGCGGCGGGAGGGUGGGAUGGUGUGGCGGCGGUGGCUAUGGGCGGCAGCUCCGCGGCGGACAUGUACGCGUUUCGCGUGGUGCCCAGCCAGCCAAACCUGCACGGCAUGGCCUACGGCGGUUCCCACGACCUGCGUCUCGGUUGA